UAUAAGCUACUGGUGAUCCCAAUAAUUUACGGAGCAGAUGUCUAAUUCCGACCCCAGACCAGUAAUGUCGCCUGAACCAUAUCCUAAUACAUUUGGUUAGAAACCAAGCCUCGAGACAUUUCAGUGAGAGAAAUCUGAACCGCUGAACAUGUGUGACGACGGGGGGGUACAGUCUAUCCCCCUGCACCAGCGCCCAGACCUGCUGGAGACUUGCGCCGACUUAGUGAACAGCGAGUGGCAGCGCAGCCGCGGUGCCCGGGUCCACUCUCUCCAGAAGUCCUGCCAGGAGUUCCCUGUGGUUCUGCUACUGCUUCAGGGCUCCAGGAAUGGGAAUGGUGGGGAUGAGACCCUCCUGGGACAUGUCCGGCUGUCCCGCGUGGUGUCCCACCGCGGGAGCCUCUUCGUGGAGUCUGUGGUAAUCUCCAAAGCCCAGAGAGGGAAGGGCUACGGCCGUACAAUAAUGCAGGAGGCAGAGCGCUACGCUAGGGCCAAAGGUUUCAGUAGGCUGUGUCUGACCACCCACGACAAGCAGCACUUCUACGCCCACCUGGGCUACGUGCUGUCCACGCCUGUGCAGAACGCCGGCAUCAUGGCAUCCUUCGUGCCCAUGGAGGUGUUGGGGAGGUUUUCCAGGCACACCGGAACAAAUGACAACCUGGGGGAGGUACUGGGAGGCCCACCACCACCUCCCCGCCUUCUUCCAUCACCUUCUCCUCCCAGUCUUCCUACUCCUCCAGCUCUACCUCCACCUCCUACUGCUUCAUCUCCUCCAUCUUGUCUACCCCCUCCUCCUCUGUUACCAGCCCAGCUGUUGGUUCAGACCCUAAAGGAAACGCCCUACAGAGACGCUAAAGGCGUUCCUAUCUUCUGGAUGCACAAGGACAUCUGAGUCUGAAGACCUGGCUGACCACUGGUCCUGCUGCCCAUGUCACUCUCCCAUGACUCACACACACACUCAGGUCAAAGGUCAUAGGGGACAAGUCUCUCCCUCAAACCUAUUUAGUGCCAUAGCCUAUAGGGUAUGACAUCCUUAGAAGGAAGGAUAUUUAAUGGAUUUGGCUGGCUUUCUGAUAAAUGUAUGACUGGAAGGAUUAACUUUUACUGAACAAACUAAACAGUCAUCACUGGAGUUGUAUUCUGUGCUUUGAAAUAAAGAACUAAGCAAAGUGCAUUGUUACGUGUUUUCUAUAUCACCUUUUAAGAUUGCAAAAUCAUCCAAUUAAUAGACAUGAAAAUAAAUGAAAUAUCUGCUAAAACAACUUAUUUGUCAACAGGCUUUAACAAUUAAUACCAGUAAGCAUUGCAUUUAGUUUUACCAGAU